AUGGCGUUUCCUGAAACCAAUCUCCAUAUGCCUAUUAGAUCUAUAAGUCUACCAUCAAGAAUCCAUCCUCCUUCCACUAAGUUCCAAGCUGCAAUCUCUCAGCUUCAGCGUUGUCAAAGCUCAUCCUCCGAUUCUCAAUCACUUCAAAUCUCAUUACUCAACCUCUCUGAGCUUUACCAAUCUCUCCACCAACUCAAUCACUCUCUUCCCACAUCUCAAGCAGAACAUUCACUUGACGUGUCAACCACGUUACUAGACUCAUGCGAUGCAGCGAGAAACCUAAUCUUCGCUUUCAGAGAACAUCUUCUCAAUCUUCAGAGUGCACUUAGAAGAAAAGGCAACUCCAUGGAGGUCCAGAUCAAAGAGUACUUCUCCUUCAAGAAGAAAGCCAAGAAAGAGACAAACAAGCUUCUUCUUGGCCUCAAGAAGUUGGAAAGCUCCGAGACCACCGCGUUGGCAGUCUCCGUCUUCCGGUCUCUUUUCGUGUUCCUGUCGACAACAACGCCGACGAAUAUUAAUACAAAGACUUGUGCUCUCAAAUUCAUCUCUAAGCUUAUCAUCGGUGGUUCUCGAUCUUCUUCGUCCAUAGUGAGCGAGUUACAGAAUUUGGAUUUGGUUUUGCGUUCGGAUGGAGAUCUUGACAACUCCAUGGAAGUGAAGAAGAUGUUGGAGAUAUUAGAGGAGAGAAUAGAAGGACUUGAGGCUUCACUUGACUCUCUUUUCAAGUCUCUUGUUCAAUAUAGAGUUUACUUACUUAACAUUCUUACAACACACUCUUAG